AUUCUUGCUUUUUAAAAUUUCAGUGAUCAAGCAGUGCGGAAGAUGAAGAAUAAAGGGCGACAAAAAAAGACCAAGACAGCAGAAAAGAAAUGCUGUGAUUCCGCUUCAGAACUUCUAGACGCAGCUGUGCAAGAGCCGGAAAACUUCAUAAGCCCGCCGUCGGGUUGGCAUCCAUCCUGGAUUUCGAGCACGAAACAGCUGUACGACUCGUGGAUGGUGUCAGGGAGCCAGGAGGGAAUCCUUCCUCGUCUAGAAAUCGAAGAUUUCGAUGACGAACAAAUCUGGCAACAACUGGAGCUUGCAUCGAACGCGAAAAUCGACCAAUUUUUCACACAUCUUUCCAGCAUAGUUUCACGCGCGGAUCAUGCCGUCUUCUCUGUUCAUUCUGCUGAUGAAAAUGUUGAGAGCGCUGACGAAUUGGUUGAUGAUGCGAUUGAUACAGACGAAGAAUUUUCUGAAGAAAAUGAGGCUGAUGAUCAGAACGAUGAGCAAGAAGAAGAAGAAGACAGUGACUCAGGCAACAGCGAAGACUUUGAAAGUUCUUCGAAAACAGAGAAAAUCACGCUGAAAAAUCGCAUCGUUCCUUCUGAAAUCGACGACAAAUUUUUCAAGCUGUCGCAGGGAGAAGAUGCGAAGUACGAAGAUUUCUUCGACCCUCCGCCCGACGAAAGCAACCAACUUACAAAGAAGAAAAAAGUUCAUUUCGCGGAAAGCAACGAGCCUAGCAAUUUUGAGAAAAACGAAGGGAGUACUUUCACCUUUCCAGCAGAUGCACCGGACGACCAGCCCAAGUCGGGAUUCGAACUAGAGCAGGAUCAACUCAAAAAGAAAAUCACCAUGCUGGAAGAGCAAAACGUUAGUGCGAAGCCGUGGCAACUGAUGGGAGAAAGCUCAGCAACGAAUAGACCAGCAAAUGCCUUGUUGGAGGAGUUCCUGUCUUAUGAUAAUGUCUCAAAGCAAGCUCCAGUUAUCACCGAAGUUGUUUCUAAAACCUUGGAGGGCAUGAUAAAGCAACGAAUCAAGGACAAGAGUUGGGACGAUGUGGAGCGGAAAGCGAAGCCAGUGAAGGAUCCCUUCGAGUACAAAAAACAACUGGUGCUUGAUCAGGAGAAAAGCAAGAUCAGUUUAGCGGAGAUUUAUGAAAAGGAAUAUUUGAAAGCGCGGGAUGCAUCAAAUAAGGACGACGAUCCAGCCGAGCGUCCCGAAUUAGCGGAAAUCCGGAAAUCGAUGGAUGCGCUUUUCAGAAAAUUGGAUGCUCUGUCAAACUAUCAUUUCGCACCCAGACCGGUUGAACCAGAGUUGAAGAUUGUUUCAAAUCAACCAGCUGUGACGGUUGAAGAAGUUGCGCCGGUAUCAGUGUCGGACGCGGCUCUUCUUGCACCUCAAGAAGUGCAAGAUAAUCAACGAGGAGAUUUGAAGGCUGUGGAUGAGCGUUCCGAAACGGACAAGAAGCGCGAACGACGCAAGAAAAAAGUUUUUCAACGAGAGAAAUUCAAGCGGAAGGCUGAUCGUGAGAAAACUGCGCUUGAACAAUCGAGUAAGUCUCGUUCUCUGGAGAAGCUGGAAAAACAAACUGCGAUGAAGAAAAUAAAAUCUGGUGCAGGCGGCAUGGUUUCCUUCGCGUCGAAGAAAUCGGAAAAGGCAGACAAAAAAAUGAAAACCUCGACGAAGUUUUUCGAUGCUCUCCAAGAUAUAACUCGAGGUGUGGCUCCGACUAAAAAACGUGCCGGCAAUGAUGCACAGGCGAUUAAUUUAAAGCGUUUAAAAUUGUCAGUCGUGCACAGGAAGAUGAUGUUCGCGCUGGGUCGUUCUGUGUCGGGGUUGGCGAAAGCCGCCAAGCCCGUGCUUUCUGCGGCAUCCCUUAGACCAGUUGUCCCUUCGUCAAGCGUACAAGCACUUAGUGCUCCGUUGAUCAACCGACGAAGUGAGUUUGCGACCAAGCCAAACCCAGCGGCUUCCGGAGCUUUGCCAGGCAAGAUCGUAGCUGUUAUUGGAGCCGUCGUAGAUGUUCAGUUCGAUGGCCCCUUGCCACCUAUUCUUAAUGCCUUGGAGGUCAAGAACCGUGAGCCAAGGCUCAUCCUCGAAGUUGCCCAGCAUCUCGGUGAGAGCACUGUGCGAACAAUUGCCAUGGAUGGUACCGAGGGAUUGGUUCGGGGCCAGGAGUGCCGCGAUACCGGCGAUCCUAUCAAAAUUCCAGUUGGACCGGAAACCCUCGGACGCAUCAUGAACGUGAUCGGCGAACCCAUUGACGAAAGGGGCCCCAUUGAGUCCAAGCACUUCGCUCCUAUCCACGCCGAGGCUCCUGAAUUUACCGAGAUGAGCGUUGAGCAAGAGAUCUUGGUCACUGGAAUCAAGGUUGUGGACUUGCUUGCCCCGUACGCCAAGGGUGGGAAAAUUGGUCUCUUCGGGGGUGCCGGAGUCGGGAAAACUGUACUCAUCAUGGAGCUGAUCAACAACGUCGCGAAGGCUCAUGGCGGUUACUCCGUGUUCGCUGGGGUCGGCGAACGAACUCGCGAAGGCAAUGAUCUGUAUCACGAAAUGAUUGAAGGUGGUGUCAUUUCGUUGAAGGACAAAACCUCGAAGGUAGCGCUUGUCUACGGUCAAAUGAAUGAACCUCCCGGCGCGCGUGCACGAGUUGCCUUGACUGGGCUUACUGUCGCUGAAUAUUUCCGCGACAAGGAAGGCCAGGAUGUGUUGCUCUUCAUCGACAACAUUUUCCGAUUCACGCAAGCUGGUUCCGAAGUGUCCGCUCUUUUGGGUCGUAUUCCCUCUGCUGUGGGUUACCAGCCAACCCUGGCCACCGACAUGGGUAGCAUGCAGGAGCGAAUUACAACCACCAAGAAGGGGUCAAUUACGUCGGUACAGGCUAUUUAUGUCCCUGCUGAUGAUUUGACCGAUCCUGCCCCUGCGACAACUUUCGCUCACUUGGAUGCCACCACAGUGUUGAGCAGAGCUAUUGCUGAACUUGGUAUUUACCCGGCUGUCGAUCCAUUGGAUUCCACCUCUCGAAUCAUGGACCCGAACAUCAUCGGUGCUGAGCACUACGAUGUUGCCCGUGGCGUACAGAAAAUCCUCCAGGACUACAAAUCCCUCCAAGACAUCAUCGCAAUUUUGGGUAUGGAUGAAUUGUCCGAAGACGAUAAGUUGACGGUAGCUCGCGCUCGUAAGAUUCAGCGAUUCUUGUCGCAACCCUUCCAAGUCGCUGAAGUGUUCACUGGUCACGCUGGGAAGCUGGUUCCGCUUGAGGAAACUAUCAAGGGUUUCAAGGCUAUCUUGGGUGGACAAUACGAUCAUCUGCCAGAAGUCGCUUUUUACAUGGUCGGCCCAAUCAUUGAAGUUGUGGAGAAGGCCGAGAAAUUAGCUGAGCAGUCUUAAGCGGUUAUUUUUGUGCGGAGGUUUACCAAUUCCCCUUAUUCUUCCGUUAAGUUCGUUAAUUCUGGUUCGGCGUUGAUGUGGAUUCUGUUCCGUUGUAUUCGUCUGUUCCGUUUGGGGGGAUUGCGAUUCCUGUUCGGCAUGUUGCAAUAUGGGAUGAAUUGAGCUGAACGUCAUUUCGCCGAUCAAAGUGGAAUCGUCAGUUCACUCGUCUUUCAAGUAGCGAAAAAUAAAAAUGUUCAGCGCUGAUA